GAGCGUGUGCAGCAAGUGUGUUUGUGCCCUGACACAGCAUGUUUGAAGAGCUCCUGCAGGCUCCUGCUUUGGCCUCCUGGUUGGGGCUUCUUGCAGGCUUGCUGGCCGUCUAUCUUUUGUACUCCAGUUGGACUUUCCAAGAUAAACAGAAGCGUCCUCCUGGGCCCAGACGUCUUCCCUUGAUUGGUAACCUGCAUCAGUUGGAUGUCGAGAGGCUGGAUAAGUCUCUUUUUAAGCUGUCUAAAAGGUACGGACCGGUGUUUACCGUCUACCUGGGACUGCAAAAGGUGGUGGUCCUGGCUGGAAGCAAGACUGUCAGACAGGCUCUAAUCAACCAUGCUGAGGAGUUUGGAGAGAGAGAAAUCAGCCCUUUAUUCCACGAUAUCUGCAAAGGGCAUGGCAUAGCAUUCUCCAAUGGUGAUGGCUGGAAGGAAAUGAGGCGUUUUACCUUAAAGACUCUGAGAGAUUUUGGGAUGGGCAAGAGACUCAGUGAGGAGAAAAUCACUGAGGAGUGUCACUACCUGAUUGAAGAGUUUGAAAAACAUGAAGGCAAAGCCUUUGACAACACAACGAUCAUCACCUACGCAGCUUCAAAUAUCAUUUCUGCCAUCAUAUUCGGAAAAAGGUUUGACUUCAAAGAUCCAGUCCUCCAAGAAAUUACGGAAAAUGACAAAGAAGUCGGCCGUCUGGCUUCAUCAGCUUCCAUCGUGAUCUACAAUACGUUUCCAAUGCUGGGUCCCUGGCUUAAAAACUGGAGGGAUUUCAUGAAAAAAGUGGAGGAUAACACCCGACAUAUGUUGCACUUAAUAAACAAACUAAAGGAAACUUUCAAUCCUGACAUAUGUCGGUGCUUUGUCGACGCUUUCUGCACACGUAAGCUGAGUCUGGAGGAGUCUGACGCUCAGAGGGUGCACUACCAUGAUGACAACCUGGUCUACAGCGUGAUGGAUCUGUUUGGGGCUGGAACCGACACAACAUCAAACACUCUUCGCUGGAGUCUACUUUUAAUGGCCAAGUACCCUCAAAUACAAGAUUGGGUCCAGGAGGAGCUUAGUAGGGUGGUGGGAGAUCGUCAGAUCACAAUGGAGGACAGGAGGAACCUGCCUUACAUCGAUGCUGUCAUCCACGAGAUGCAGAGGUUCUCCAAUAUUGUCCCCACAGCCAUCACUCACAGCACCAGCAGAGAUGUCACCUUCCAGGGAUAUUUAAUUGAAAAGGGGACCACUGUGCUCCCUCUGCUGACAUCUGUCCUCUAUGAUGAGAGUGAGUGGGAGACACCAAACACCUUCAACCCUUCCCACUUCCUGGACGAGGAGGGUAAAUUUGUCAGGAGGGAUGCUUUCUUGCCCUUUUCUGCAGGCCGCAGGGCUUGUCUUGGGGAAGGUCUGGCCCGGAUGGAGCUCUUCCUCUUCUUCACACACCUCCUGCAGCGCUUUCGAUUCACCCCUGCACCCGGGAUGUCAGAGGACCAGCUGGAUUUGACACCAGCGGUGGGCUUUACACUCAGUCCUCUACCACACCAGUUGUGUGCUCUCAGUCCGUCACCGCACUCGCAUGCCGCACUGUGCACCAAGCCUCACGUCUUCAUUGAUGACCCAAAGGGACCGACCCCAGUUCGUAGACAGUUCAGUGUGGUCCAUUGCCGGCGUGCCAGGGCGAGGGUGGCAGCCUCCCGUCGGAGGCCGUCUGGUGCUAUUCCCGCAAGGACUGACAGGAGACUGGGCUGCAGUAUUUCGUGCAGAGAAGACCAGGGCUUGGGUGGAUAUUCGCAGCGUCUUAGCGGAGGCUCCCCAGGUUGUUCCAGCGAGGCGGUGGAUCAGCGCGGCUCUGGAUGUCAACUUGGCCUUGACUUCUUCCAGACAUUUGUUGUCAACGCGCACCUCGAGUUCCCUCCUGGCUUCUCUGGUGCUAAGGUGGUAUGCUACCAGUGUGCCCAUGUCUUCAUUAAGACCCUCUUCCGUCGCCUUCCACAUCAUACUUUCUGGAUGCUGUAUCAGUCUUCCGAGCCUACUGCACUGGCCACUGCUGGUCUGGAGGAUAAAGCUGCGCUUCAGGUGGAGUCCCCGGUGCCACACGGUGUCAUAUGCGGCAGUCAGGUCCAGCACAGCAUGUUUGAAGAGCUCCUGCAGGCUCCUGCUUUGGCCUCCUGGUUGGGGCUUCUUGCAGGCUUGUUGGCCGUCUAUCUUUUGUACUCCAGUUGGACUUUCCAAGAUAAACAGAAGCGUCCUCCUGGGCCCAGACGUCUUCCUUUGAUUGGUAACCUGCAUCAGUUGGAUCUCAAUUGGCUUGAUAAGUCUCUUUUUAAAUUGUCUAAAAAGUACGGACCGGUGUUUACCGUCUACUUGGGACUCAAGAAGGUGGUGGUCUUGGCUGGAUGCAAGACAGUCAAACAAGCUCUCAUCAAUCAUGCUGAGGAGUUUGGGGAGAGAGAAAUCACCCCUUUAUUCCACGAUUUCUCCAAAGGGCAUGGCAUAGUAUUCUCCAAUGGUGAUGGCUGGAAGGAAAUGAGGCGCUUUACCUUAGCGACUCUGAAAGAUUUUGGGAUGGGCAAGAGACUCAGUGAGGAGAAAAUCACUGAGGAGUGUCACUACCUGAUUGAAGAGUUUGAAAAACAUGAAGACAAAGCCUUUGACAACGCAACGAUCAUCACCUACGCAGCUUCAAAUAUCAUUUCUGCCAUCAUAUUCGGAAAGAGGUUUGACACCAAAGAUCCAAUUCUCCAAGAAAUGGUGGAAAAUGACAAACAAAUCAUCCGCCUGUCUGCAUCAGAUUCCAUUAUGAUCUACGAUGCGUUUCCAAUGCUGGGUCCUUGGCUUAAAAACUGGAGGGAUUUAAUGAAAAAUGUGGAGGAUAUCAAGCAGCGUUCAUUGCACUUAAUAAACAAACUAAGGGAGACUUUCAAUCCUGACAUAUGUCGGUGCUUUGUCGAUGCUUUCUGCACACGUAAACUGAAUCUGGAGGAGUCUGACGCUCAGAGGGUGCAUUACCACGAUGACAACCUGGUCUACAGCGUGAUGGAUCUGUUUGGCGCUGGAACCGACACAACAUCAAACGCUCUUCGCUGGAGUCUACUUUUAAUGGCAAAGUACCCUCAAAUACAAGAUCGGGUCCAGGAGGAGCUUAGUAGGGUGGUGGGAGACCGUCAGAUCACAAUGGAGGACAGGAGGAACCUGCCUUACAUCGAUGCUGUCAUCCACGAGUCGCUGAGGUUCGCCAACAUUGUCCCCAUGACUGUCACUUACAACACCAGCAGUGACGUCACCUUCCAGGGAUACUUCUUUGAAAAGGGGACCACUGUGCUCCCUCUGCUGACAUCUGUCCUCUAUGAUGAGAGUGAGUGGGAGACACCAAACACCUUUAACCCUUCCCACUUCCUGGACGAGGAGGGUAAAUUCAUCAGGAGGGAUGCUUUCUUGGCCUUCUCUGCAGGCCGCAGGGCUUGUCUUGGGGAAGGUCUGGCCCGGAUGGAGCUCUUCAUCUUCUUCACACACCUCCUGCAGCGCUUUCGAUUUACCCCUGCACCCGGGAUGUCGGAGGACCAGCUGGAUUUGACCCCAGUGGUGGGUUUUUCACUCAGUCCUCUACCACACCAGUUGUGUGCUGUGAGUCGCCACUGAGGACGAGUUGUUUAGAUAAAAGUAAAAGGAGUGUCUCAUACCUUUGAACUCACUCUGUCAAUUUAGGAUCAAUGAUUAACAUUAUUAACAUUACAAUGGGAUAAAAUAUCAAAGGACUGCUAAUAAUAACCACAAUGUGACAUUUGAAAUACUUUCAAACGAUCGACAGUUACUUCUACUUAGCCUUUAUAUAGUAGAUAAUGUAUUUGUAAUAGUUUCAAAAGUGGUGUAGAACCUUAUACAUUUUGUUUUGUAAUUUGCGGAUAAUAUAAU